AUGCCUUCCAAGAUCGCGCUUUCCAUCAGCGUGCUGACCGCCGCGCUCGGCAUGGUCAGUGCCGCUCCCCACUACGAGUACAAGUCGUACAACGCCGGCCACAACGUUGAGUCGGUUGUCGAGAACAAGCUCGUCGACGCUUCCGACCUCACGCUCGGCGUCGACAUUCUCAAGCGCACCGACUACAGCGCUUGCAAGAAGUACGUCUCUUCGUACAACGCCGGCUACAACGUCUACUCGAUCAACGAGAACAAGCUGAUCGACCUCAGCGAUGCCACGGUCAAGCUGAGCCUGCUCACCAACAACGGUCGACCCGUCAAGACCUGGAACAAGGCCCCGCGCUACUGCCUCGAAUACAUCAAGAGCUACAACGGCGGCCACAACGUGAUCAUCGACAACGAGAACAAGCUGAUCGACCUCUCGGGCCUCAACCUCGGCAUUGACAUCCUUAAGCGCAAGGCUCCCGAGUUCUCGUACUACAACCCUGGACACAACGUCAAGUCGACCACCGAGAACAAGCUGGUCGACGCCUCUGACCUGCUUGCCAACGUCAACAUCUUGAGCAAGCGUGGCGACAAGUACUCGUACUACAACGGUGGCUACAACGUUGAGUCGGACACGGAGAACAAGCUGAUCGAUCUCUCCGGUUUGCUUGCCAACAUUGACAUUCUCAAGAAGCGCACUGGCUCGCAGUACUCGUACUACAACGGCGGCCACAACGUCGAGUCGACCAACGAGAACAAGCUGGUCGACGCCUCUGACCUGCUUGCCAACGUCGACAUCUUGAAGAAGCGCGGCGACAAGUACACGUACUACAACGGUGGCCACAACAUCGAGUCGACCAACGAGAACAAGCUUAUCGACCUCUCGGACCUUACCGCCAACGUCGGUGUUCUGGACGACGUUCACGUCAACAUCGGUCUUCUCGACAAGCGCACCGACAAGUACUCGUACUACGACGGCGGUCACAACAUCGAAUUGACCAACGAGAACAAGCUGAUCGAUCUCUCGGACCUGCUUGCCAACGUCGACGUCUUGAAGAAGCGCACUGACAAGUUCUCGUACUACAACGGUGGCCACAACGUUGAGUCGGACACGCAGAACAAGCUGAUUGAUGUUUCGCACCUGACUGCAAUCGUUAACGCACUGAGCAAGCGCACCGACAAGUACUCGUACUACAACGGCGGACACAACGUCGAGUCGACCAACGAGAACAAGCUGAUCGACCUUUCGGACCUCACGGCGCUCGUCAACGUUCUCAGCAAGAGGAGCCUCAAGGGAUACGGAUCCAAGAUCCACGCUCGCGACAUCUCGGAGGAGCUUUACCGCCGCACCAACGCCGACGAGGACUGCACAUGUGUCAAGAAGAGCAAGCCCACUCCUCCUAAGCAGACGGUAACCAAGCCAUCUGCGGACUGCGAUGCUCCUCCUGCCGUGACGCCCAAGCCCAAGCCUUCAACCAAGCCCUCGCCUUCGCCCACGACGCCUCCUCCGUCCAAGGACACUUCCAAGCCUACGACCAAGCCUGAGCCCAAGCCGCAGCCUUCGGACAAGCCUGAGCCCAAGCCUUCGGACAAGCCUGAGCCCAAGCCUUCGGACAAGCCUGAGCCCAAGCCAUCGGACAAGCCUGAGCCCACUCCUUCGCCCAAGCCUACUCCUCCCAAGGUCACCUGCGGCACGGACGAGGUGUACGUCGACGAGGGCCACAACGUGGUCUCGAAGAACUCGAACAAGCUGCUCGACUUGUCCAACAUUUCGAUCAACAUUGGCAUCCUGGACGGUCUUUUCGGAGGCAAGAAGUCCAAGGAGGUUGCUGCGGACUCGACGUGCACUUCCAAGCAGGGCUGCUGCGUUUCCAAGUCGGUGUACUACUACAACGGUGGAAACAACGUGCAGUCGAGCAACGAGAACAGCGGGAUUGAUCUCUCUGGUCUGAACCUCGGUCUCGACAUUCUUUGA